GCAGGGGCAUAGCACAACCGGCACCGCAAUGAGAAUGGACAUGUUUCGGUGGUUGCCGGGGGCGUGCGGUAGCCUUGGGCCAGCCCUCAUACCCCCCGCCCACAUCGCCGUCCUGUGGUACUUCUGGCAGAACUAUUCGCGCUUCGUCGACAAGCGGUUCUGUUCCUGCUCCUGCUGGGAUACGGUCUUCAAAGGCACGUACGAAUCCGGCAUCGCGUCCUACAAGCACAUGUACUUCAACGCAACACAAAACACGAUGAAGAUGUGGUUGCUGAUCGUGAUCGGAGUGAUCGCGCUGUACGAAUGCACCAAGCACUUGAUGCAGCUGUUGCUGCAGGGCAAGGUACGCUACACUAUGAUCGUGCUCUUUCUGCUCUCGAUUUUCUCCCACUACUACGCCUGGUGGGCUUAUCUGAACUACUACAACGACGAGUACUACCACCAGUGGAACCAUCAGCUAUUCUUCACCAUCACCGAACUCAUAUCAACCAGCUUCGUGUUGCAUCUGGCGAACGCGGAGAAUCAGGUGACGGCCCGCAAAACGCUCAGUAUCGUCGGUAUCGCGCUGCUCCACAUAAUGGCCAGUGGUGUUGACCAGUUCAUAUCAAACGUGUUCCGGGGCGAAGGAUAUCCACAUCAGGUUGUACGGGAUCUGGGCUUCAUGAUACCGGAUGUGAUGCACCUGGUGCUGCCCCUGUGGCUGUUGCGUCAGACGCGGCUCGAGAGCUUCAGUACGCGACCGUUCUACCGGGAUCGUAACCUGCGCCGCGAUGUGGCGCUCAUGUUCUUCGUCGUCACAGUAUUAUUCACGAUCUGUUCGUUUCUGUAA